AUGAACACGAAGUUUUCAAGAAUAGACAAGCCAAAGGGAAAGUUUGCACAGUCAAAUAUUAACUUGGUAUACAGAGGAAAUGCUAGUGAAAUUCAGUCAAAACCUACUCUUCGAAGCGGAGGCCUUCAGCUUGUUGGUAAACUGCAAGGGACUAGGCGUAAUCCUCCACCGCCCCCGUGGGUCCCGAGUAUCAAGGCUGAAAUGGGUGGCCAGGAUACAAAAAUAAACAUUGUUCCGCCGGGAGGUUCUGGUUGGGGCACUGGAUCCUCCACUAUUACUACUUCGGAGAACUCGUCCAAAAGUGACCCAAAAAUAACAGCUACUGCUUCUCUUCUCGAGGGUGUUGCUGAAGCCUCAGAGAAGGACAAUGGUGACUCUAAACGCUCAUCCUGUACUGAAUCUUUUCACGCAGCUUUGGUUAAACCACCCCAAAAACCAUUCUUCGCCCUCCGUUCCUCGAAAAGCGUUCCAAUAAAAGCGCUCAGUGACGGCUCUUCUGAUAUUGGUCGGCCAUUGACUGGGAAAACUGCAGGGCCCACGAUACCAUUUUACCAGCGCCCUGCCACUUCAUCAUUAUCGGACUCGAUUUCUCCCAAAGAUCCUGAACUUACAGAAGUUAGCAUUAAUGAGAAACCAGCUGAAACCAAGGCUGUAUCCAAUGAAAGUACGGCACCCCGGACCGGUUGGGCGGCGGUAACGACGGAGGAACCAGACUUUCAAGAACGUAUUAAUUUCAGUGAUGAUGAGGAGGAUUUAUCAAAGACGCCUGUCGUUGAGAUGUCCAACGAAUCUCCAAAAACAUCGGUUGUAUCUGUGGCUUCAUGGGCACCGACAUCUAUUCAACCUCAGGUCUCUGCACAGGUGCCAUAUCCGCGGACUGCUUGGGAUCAACCUAAUUGUUUCAAUCCCGUGUCCCCCAUGCAGCAUUCUUUCAACACAUCUUUCUGUGCUCCGAACGAGGGCAUAUUUGCGGAAUCUGCUCCUAUCGCCGGCACCCGUCCAGACGUGCUUCCUAGUCGUGAAGCAGCUCUUUUGUCAGAGCAGCUUCAACGGACGUCUUUUACUACCUCUGAGGCCCAGGUCCAGGCUCAGCGUGAAGAGCGGACGUUGGCCUUUAAGUCGGCUGUAAAUAGGGCACAGAUGGCGAGAAAGAAGCGGAGCGAUGCUGAGGUUAUGGAGUCUAAGCGGAAGGAUCAGUCCAUUGAUUCGACGAAAAGUACCCUAACCGAUGUUAGCGUUUUCUCCCAGUCGAUUAUGCAGUCUGGUACGGCGGCUAUUGCUGGUACUCCCGCCUUCUCCAUGCACGGCCCUGUUAAUCAUUCUCCCCAGCAUCACACUAUGGAGCCUCCAAAUCCAAAGAGUGGUCACGUUCAAGGGCUUCCACCUGAUCGUCCUAUCGAAAGUUCGGUACAUUCGUACGGGAAUACUAUAGGGGAAUCAUCGGUGGUCAAUCACCUUCCUUUCCAUUCUGUAAAACCUCACAUCACGCAACAUCCUUCUAGUUCUCCAGUCCUGGAAAAGCGGAUGGAGAGUGAUUCUAAUAAGGAACUGGUUGUUUCUUCUUUACCACGGGCUAUAGCAAUUAAUAGUCGUCCCCUUCAGAUCUCUGCUCAUCCUGAGGGUUUGCGCACUGCAUUUACACCCCCAGCACCGUCAACAAUCGAGUCUUUCCCACCACAGAACUCACAACCACAACUCGUUCAAAAGCAACCACACAUUACUCCGCUCAUGGAAGUCAAUCUUUCUGGUAAAUGGAGCGAAAAGGACUUUGAUACGUUCCCUCCUCCUGUGUCUUCGCGUGAUAACUAUGCUAAGUUCAAAUCCAGCCGCGGCGGUUCGAAAAAUGCGAACGACGAAAGGAAUGGCGGCCAUCGGUACGCAACCUAUAAUAGUAGUGGACGGCAGAACCGUGGCCCACCACAAAGGGACGUGGUGAAGCGCUCGACACGACGAGCAUUGGAAAGGGAUGAUGAUCGUACUGAGGAGCUUCCCGUUGACGAGCCUGUUGUCUGUGAUUGCAGCGAGGAACAACAGGGCAGUUCGAGGCGUCGUGACGACAUUGUCAGCGGCACCUUCCCACGCCAACAGCUUGUUUGGGGCUCAACUCGCAUGUCUAGGUCAAAUCGUGGGGCUCUCCUUGAUUAUGAUGCGUGUAAACAGCAAAAUGGUGAUUUUGGUAGACAGCAAGCGUGUUCCUCACACAAUCAGCGGGAUAGGUGGAAGAGUGGAAGCAGUGGAUGCAAAAACAAUAGACAAGGUGACCGUGCUAUUGAAAAGGCGGGCUCUGCCGUAUCAGCGGGUAGUGGUCGAGGCAGAAAGAGUUUUCCACGCAGUGGUCCUGGCGACCGUCGGUACAGUGGUCAUGAAGAUGUUGCGAAGCCUCGCGGGCACCAUCCAAACCAGCGGAAGAUCGAUGAAAAUCCAGAAACUACCAACACGAUUUCUCAAAAUGAUGUGAAUGAGGUCGGUGCCAACGCAAUUUUGGACUCUGAGCAAGGCACUACGCCUCUGCAACUGACGGGAUCGGAUUCUCAACAAUAUCAUUCGCACAGACCGCGGCGGGGCGGUAGUAACAGUGGAAGAGCGCGGAGAGGACAGCAUGGUGGCUCCCAAAGGCAGCCUCAUCGCCGCGGUCGUAUCGAUCGCGCAAACACCCGUCGGCAGAUUAACCGUCGCCAUCCGGACGAAGAUGAUGAUCAAGAUUUUAAGGGUGGGCCUUCUAAUACAAACGUCACUUCAACUACCGUUGCUACCACCACCACUUCUACCGGCGACAGCAAUACAAGUAGGGGCGAAGGUAGAGCAAAUACGGAAUCAAACGGUAGCACUACCUCCAGUGGUCAGCAACAAAGUGGGUCUGUCGACGCUGUGCAAUCUUGCGAAACCAGCAUCUUUGUAUCUGCUGCGAAAUCUCGGAGCCAUGCACAUUCAAUCACAUUGGCGAGUGAUGUAGAGGUCUGGGAGACUGCCUCGGAAGGUUUCAGUUCCUCUCUGUUGGGGACUUCGCCGGGGUGUUCCUUUGCCGAUUUUACAAGCGUAUCACCUGCAGCAAGUACUGCAAAAGCAGCUGAUCAUAAAGAUUGCAUUGCUGCUGUUGAUGAUGAUUAUGAAGAGGGCGGUUACAGCCAUCCUCCCAAGAGAACCGCACAGCGUCGCCCAACUCCCAAGAUCACAGGCAAAAUCGUCCCCUUGAUGUCGAUUAACGCGGAGGCUCCACCUUCUUAUUGCGACAACCCGAGCUUUCUAGACUCCCCGCUACCUACCGUUAAGUCAUCUGGCAAUGAUGCAGCUCCUAUUAGAUCAGCUGUGGAAGUAAAAGAUGCUGAAUCUGUUGCUGGGAGUGUUUCCAUCUCCAGCGAGGAUGGAUUUAUGGAGGUGCGUUCUAAGUCAAGCAGAAGGCAACAAAAGGCAAAACUGCAGCAAAAGAGCCAGAAAUCUUCCAUUUCUUCCGACGAGCGAUCUUCUACUGUUAAAAUUAAAAACCGUGAUCUUGUUAAGUCUCGUGGUCAGACGGCAUCGUCCAGGACCGACCAGAAGCCUUCAAAGCCUUUCAAGAAUGAUGAAGCACCUGCAAAAGAUAAGCAGCGUUCUGCUCCGACCACAGUCACAGCUGCUUCUGCUAACUCUAGUCAAACGUCCUCAAAGCAUUCGGAAUCUGCUGUCAAAAAAUUGACAAAUUCAGCCAUGCCUCAACCAACUAAUGCUUGGUUGAAACCACUUCAAGAAACUAUCAACGAGAAGGCCGCCGCUGCCGCCGCUUUGGCUGCUCAAAACAGCACGAAAUCGAAAACUGCCUUACCCGAUUCUGCUGCUUCGUCGACUAAAGCGACUGUAUCGACUACCGUCUCAUCUUCUUACGCUUGGUCCGUUGUUGUCGGUUCGCGAACCACUGCAACAUCGACAAGCUGUGAUCCUAGUGAGAAUGCUCCAAUGUCGUUGACGGCUAAGACAAAUGAAAAAGUGGUUGUCCCAAAGCCUGUGGAGAGCGCUACCUCGGAUCAUCCGUCGACGGUGGCAGUUGCUGGCGCUCCUCAGCCAUUAACCAUGCCAGCUGAGCUCGAAUUGAGUGCAAUUCCACAGUCAAGACAAUCGGAAAUCGAAGAGAAGAUGCUACAGGACGAAGGUGCAACUCACUUGCCCGAUCCCUCGGGGGUAUCUGCUCCGAGUGCAUCUACCGCAGUAGCAACUUCUGCCAAUGUCUGCAAGGUCAGACCUCAAAAACAACCGACAAACGCUGUUAUUAGCAGCUCUUCUGCAGCCCCUGUUUCUCAAGCAUCAAAACCAGAGCUUACUUCUUUCCCCAUGUCCACGGCAUUUUCAACAUCUGGUAAUACAGUUCUCAUAAAUACAUCUCAGUUACGGCGACCCAUCGGCGAUGUUGGAGAUUGGCUAGGCAAAACUUCUGGUGUCUAUACGAGCAAUUCAUCUUCUGUAUUCUUCGACGGUUACGGAAGUAAGAAAAUUGAAACUGCACCAGACUCUUCACUCGCAUUGAAUCCAGCUGCUGCCGUGUAUUUGCAACAGCAGCAACAGCAGCCUUUCAGACAAACUUUACACCCCCUUCAGCAACAGCAACCCAUGAUGGGAUUCGGUCUACCUGACUUGACUAUGAACGGAAUGGGCACGGACAGCUACUUCACAGUACCCCCAUUUGGAGCAGGGAAUGUGAAUCAAGCGGGAGCACAGCAGCCACCGCGCAGCUUGUAUCCUCCCGCCCCACCUGCUCAGCAACGCGGUUUCCCCUCAUGGCAGCAUCAACAGCACCACUCCCAUCAGGAGGCUGCUGUUAUGGCUGCCGCUGUUGCUGGUGCCGUAGCGCCCCAGGCCGCUGCCCUUUGGUCCUCUAACUACACCCCUUCACCCCCACCACAUCAUGCCCCCUAUGUUGGUGUGAUUGGUGCAGAUCGGCCCUCAUCGACGUCCUCUGUAUCGGUAACAUCUCGUCUUCAAUCAGGCAAUGCGAAUGCCUCACUCUACGGCUCUGGACCAAUGCGAGGUGGAAGCGGUGUGACUCCUGGUGUGGGAGGUCCACCCUUCGCCCAACCGGCUCCGCCGCCUCCGCCUCAAGCUGCUUCCAUGCCGCCCCCUAGUGGACUUUAUGCCCCUUCUCCAACGCAUCCAACACCUCCACCUCCUCUGCCGUUUGAUCCCAAUUUCGCUUACACGAGCGGAGGUCUCGCAAAUUCGACGAGUGUUUUUUCGCACCAGUCGGGAACUGCGGGAGGCCCUGCAUUGCUGGCUGCUCCGCAACGUCAGUCAGGAUCUGCUCGAUCUCUUGGUGACCACCCCCACACCUCGCAUCCUCCGGUUUUCAUCAAUGCCUCUCACGCACCCUUCCCAGCUGCUCCCGCUGCAAUUCCCGUUCAUGGUCUGGCUGGUCCUCCUACGGCCCCCAUGACUACGCCUGGACUGCACUUUUAA